AGUCGCGGCAAAGUCAAAUUUUAAGUCUCACAUUUCCCACCCGGUGCACAUGUGGACAAGAAUUAUUUUUGUUCAAAUUAGUUAAUUUCAUAAAAUUUAUGAAAAUGAAUUCUGCCAGUGGGAAACAAUUGUUGCAGCUUUUCCAGGUCGUCGCAAAAAGACCGUUCCUUCAACAAAGUUUCAGGACAGCUACUUACAUUGUUGAACGAAAAUAUCCAGCCCCAUUGGCCAAGAUUCAUAAAUACCCUAGCUUAAGGAGACGUCACCAGGUUUUUAAUACAGUCCAAGAUAAAAAUCCAACUCCCUAUGUGCGCCCGUUGAUGAAUGUUUUGCUCACCGAAUACGUUGAAAAUGUGGGACAACCUGGAGAAUGUGUCGAAAUUUGGGCGAAAACUGGACGUGAGUUGAUUUUAAAACAUAAAGCCGUCUACCCAACGCCAGAAAAUAAGGAAAAGUAUAGGGAUGCGACUGCUUUAAAUAUUAUGAAUUACAGUUCCAGAUAUGUAAAAAAUACAAUGGAUAUUUUGUCAAAGCUUAUCCUGUUUAUCACAAUGAACAAAGAUGUUCCUUGGACCUUGGAACCUUGGCAUGUUCGUGUAGCAUUUAGAAAAGCUCACAUCAUAGUUCCAGACCAUGCCAUAACAUUGCCGAAAAAUCCUAUAAAAGGACCAGACCUUACUUUAAAUGGCAAAGAAUUUUAUGUGACAGUAACAAUAAACAAAACAGAGCAAGUCAUAGUAAGAAGCAGAAUCGUUCACUGGACGAGUAAAGUCGAAGAAAGACUGCCUUGGGUUCCGUUCCCUUUUAAAAAGCCUGCACCACUCUUAUUCGAAGAAGACAAAGUUAUUGAAGCCCAGCUCCCAGCAAUUGAGCCCUUGAAAAUGAACGAGGAUGAAUUGGAGGAUUUCAUUGCGAAAAUGAAACUUAAAUCUCAAGGAAAAAUUCUAGUUAAGAAAAUAUUAUAGUCUGCGUUAGCAUUAAUCUUAUUGCUCUGUAUUAUUAGUCAAUUUAAUAAACCAAGUUUAACGGAAAGUAAAAAUAUCCUUAA